UCUCACCUAGAAGAAAAUCAAUGGAGUCUCACCAUUGAGGGUUGCAACCUUGCAAUGAAAGAAAGUAUAAUAUUAUUCAUCAAAUUCAUUCCUUUGAUUUACAUUGAUUAACCUAUUUAUAGGUUUCUCUGAGAAAUUCAAAGUCUACUAGGACUCUAAUAACUUAUUAUGAUUCUAAUUCUAAUUAUAACAUCCAAAGUCUACUAGAACUCUAAUAACCUAUCAUGACUUAAAUUCUAAUUAUAUUAUAACUCAACUAGCUAAUCCUAAUUAGACUCCAACAAAUACCAAUCCCAAUUCAAUUCUCAUUAAUAUUAAUCCUACUUAAAGUUUACUUAGGUCUUCACUUUCUUCCUUGAAUAAACUUUAAAAGGCUUUCCCCCAUCAAUUCCACUCUGAGAUAUUUUUUUAGAAAUUGUUUUUUGAUGCUCUCUUUACUAACUGUAUGCUGAUGAUCUUGUAUUUUGCUUGAAUUUGUUAUUUAUUUUUGGGGUCAUUUGACUUAUCUUGUCUCAAUUUUGGCUUUGGUACUGUAUAUUAGACAUAAUGAAUAUGUUAUAUAAUUUAUGCUUGUCCUAACCACUCUAGCAUUUUUGGAGGAAUCUUAUAAAUUAUGCAUGUUAUCCAAGUACUCUCUCUAUCACUUGCUUUUCGGAAUUUUAUGAACAUGCAUGUUGUUGUGACCCAUAUCUAUGACUGAUUCUAUCCUUGGGUGCUUAGAUGUAUGUUAGAUUUGCUUGGAUAAAAUGCAUGUUGUGGGUCCCUGGGAUGAUGAAGUGCAAAGUUGAAAGGAUUGUUGUGGAGAAAAAGUCCUUUCAGGUAGAGUUUGAAGGAUUGAAUGGCGGAACUUGGGUAUCAGUAACAGAAAGGAGCCGAGGUUUCGUAGUUUCAGUAGGAUUUGGUAUGGAGGAGCUGGAUUGGUUGACGGAGCAUUUGAAGAAAGCUGUAGAGUUAGAGGCUUCCAGGGGUUUUAUACGAAAGAUUAGGGGCAAGACUAAGACCCUCUAGAUGGAGAUAUGUUUCAAUAACAGAGGGCGGUUCAUGAAAAUCACAGAAAUUGUUACAAAAAGAAACCUUUAUUUCUUGUCGUCCCCGAGGGCGUUAAAGGGAAUGGGUGGGAAGAUCUUAGAAAAGCAAUCCUAUCAGUGCAAGAGUAUCUUGAUCAAGUCGGAGGAGCUUCGAAGGAGAAGAAUGGAGAUAUCCAGAUGAAGAAGGACAUUUACAGAGGAGGACGGUCAUAUGCAAAAGUGGUGGCAGAGGCUGGUUUUAGGACUGGAGGUAUGUUGCCAGCCGGAAAAUGGGCUAGAGUUGUAAUAUGUGAAAGCCAAGAAAAAGUCCAAGACUGGACUCACGAAGGAAAAUCCAUCGCGAGGAUGAUGGGUAUGAAAGGAAUGGUGUCCAUAAAUCCCAUUUCCGCUUUCAAGGGGUGUUUCUUUGUGAGUUCAACAAGGAGAGUGAAACGGGUGCAUGAUCAGGGAAGAAUUUAGUGAAAGGAAGGAUUAUUCUACUAAGGAAAUGGUCCCCUAAGGAAAAUAUGGUAGUUCACGGAAAAUUUAGGAGGGGCUGGUUAGUAUUGAAAGGUCUCCCUUUCCAUUUGUGGGAUGAAGUUCAGCUGAAUUUCAUUUUGAAGAAAUGGGGGAGGGUAACGAAGGUGGCAAAGGAAACUUUGAAGCUGGUGGACUUGACAAAGGCGAAGCUGUGGGUGGAGAUGCUUCCAAAUGUCGUGUUACCAGCAUUGCUUGAGGUGGAAGAUGGGGUCGGGACCUAUACAGUAGCAGUUUCAGUCAUCGAAGAAGAUGACGAAGACGACGCUGUCACGUCAGAGACAACCCGUAGCAGGAACGAGUGGGUGAAAGCGGGAGGUUGCGUCUCUCAGUCGUCAAAAGUUGCAGAAGGGCUACGAGGUAGAAUUAGGGGCAAUGAGUGCUACAUAAGGAGGCUUCUUCCCCGGGCACGUUAUCGGCACUCAAGGACAAGUUUGGCGGACAAAGGGGAGAAUGGAAAGGGAAGGAGCAGCCUGGGCCCAGCAGAGGAGAACUUUAUUGGGCCCUCAGUGCUUGAGAUCUCUAUUAAAGCCCACACGGAAAUGGCCUAAAGUGGGAUGAGGAUUCGUGGGCUUCAAGCUAGCCCAGAAGCUCCUCAAGCCCACCAGACUGGAGCGGCUUCGUCUCCUUCUCCCCAGUGAGCUGUUUCCCCCUGCAAAGGUGAUCGCGAUGCUUUGUCCAGGCGAUGAGAGGGCUGACGUCGAGGCUAUCUUUGGUGAGGAAGGUCGGGCCGUUGAGUUAAAGGCCCAGUCUCUUCCCAACCUUAGCCCGCUGUCAGACACCACCGUGGGUUGUAAGUUAAUAGGCCCGUCGGGGUUGGGCCAAAACUUAGGAGGAACGAAGUCCUCUGGUAUGGAAGUCUGGUCGCAAAGGGAAGAAAACGAAGUGAGAAAGGGGAAAGCUCCCACGGUGCAGAUGAGAGAUUCUACACAGGAGGAAGAGACGACAAUUUCAAAGAAGACGUGGUCCACCCUCUUCCCUCCAAGCGUUGAUCGACGACAGGGACAUCGGAGUAGCAGCAAGCCUCUUUUCCUACGGGGUUCAUUGUCGUCAAGUGAAGUUCGCAACAUGGAAGAGGAAUUUGGGACAGGAUUUCAGAUGGAACGAGGAAUCAGAGAGAAUCCUCUCUUUCGAUCUCCACUGUCUAGCAAUUUUUCGAAGGAAGAUACCUCGGUGAUCCAUGUAGAAGACAAAAAAGGGCUAACGGGACGAGUGGCGUUUGACCCUCGUGGCUCUUCAGACAUGGUUUCACCUUCUAAUUCAAUAAUCAGAGGUAAAGGACUCAUCUUUGAGGGGAUUUGCGAAAUACCGGGAGCGAGAAACUUGGAGGUAAGUCAGUCCUCUCCUUCUCAGCCACCCGAGUCUUUUUCUUUUCCUUCUUGUAGUAUGGAUUCUUCAUUAUCGAGUCCCUCUGGUCCACAUCUCCCCAAUUCAGUCCCUCUUUCUCAGUCUCCUACGGAAAAUCAAGUAAUCUCAAAAAAAAUUUCUGAAAAAGGUGUUGUUGACUCUUUAAAUUAUGGUGACAUCCUUGUCCAUGUUGAGGAGGAGAACCAGUGUGCUUUAUCAAACCAGAUGACCGAGAGCUGUACCCAUAGGGAGUCUAAUGUCAGGUCAUAUAAGGAGGACUCGGGUGAUCUCCUUAUUGAUGGCCUGUCUCCUAGGAAAAUGGUUAAAGUGCGAGAGGUUUUAUGCUCUCUGGACAUUAAGGUGUAUUCCAGGAGGAAGAUCAGAGGCCCCACAGGUUAUUGAGACUUAGUGGUUUUGGCUUGGAAGGUCAGGGUCUUUGUGUUUUUCCAUGAAAAAUAUCAGCUAGAACGUUAGGGGUUUGGGUUCAAGGAAUAAGUGUAGGAUGGUUAAAGAUUUCCUUAGGUAAGAGAAUCCGGAUGUUGUGAUGAUUCAGGAAACAAAAAAGGAGAAAUGUGACAGAAGGUUUGUGGGCAGUGUCUGGACGGUCAGAAAUAAGGACUGGGUUGCUCUUCCGGCGUCUGGGGCAUCAGGUGGGAUUUUGAUCAUUUGGGAUUCAAAAAAUCUGCGUAAUGAGGAGGUGGUAUUAGGAUCUUUCUCGGUCUCAGUCAAGUUCUCUUUGAACGGUUGUGGACCUCUUUGGAUUUUCGCUGUUUAUGGUCCAAACAGUUCCUCACUUAGGAAGGAUUUUUGGGUGGAGCUUUUCGACAUAUAUGGACUAACUUAUCCGUUAUGGUGUGUGGGCGGUGAUUUUAAUGUCAUAAGGAGAAGCUCAAAAAAAUUGGGGGGUUCUAGUCUAACAUCAAGCAUGAGGGACUUUGAUAGUUUUAUUAGAGAAUGUGAAUUGCUUGACCCACCUCUUCGGAAUGCUUCAUUCACUUGGUCAAAUUUGUAAGAGUCUCCUGUGUGUAAGAGAUUGGACCGAUUUCUCUACUCAAAUGAGUGGGGGCUGCUCUUUCCCCAAGGCCUUUAAGAAGCCCUAAUUAGAAGGACCUCGGAUCACUGGCCAAUUGUUAUGGAUACCAAUCCGUUCAUGUGGGGUCCAACACCUUUUAAGUUUGAGAAUAUGUGGUUAUAACACCCUAAUUUCAAGAGAACUUUAGAAAUUGGUGGAGCGGGUUUCAAGGAAACGGAUGGGAAGGUCACAAGUUCAUGAGGAGACUACAAUACGUUAAAGCUAAAUUGAAGGAGUGGAAUAAGUUUUCUUUUGGAGAGCUUAAAAAAAAGAAAAAAAGUAUCCUCAAUGAUUUAGCUAACUUUGAUGCCAUUGAGCAGGUAGGGGGCCUCACUUCUGAUUUGUUAAGUCAAAGAGCCUCAAGAAAAGGGGAGCUAGAGGAAUUAAUUUUGAGGGAGGAAAUCCAUUGGAGACAAAAAGCUAUGGUGAAAUGGGUCAAGGAAGGGGAUUGCAACUCUAAGUUUUAUCAUAAAGUGGCUAAUGACAUGCGAAAUAGAAAAUAUAUCAAGGAGUUGGAGAAUGAGAGGGGCUUAGUGCUGAAGAAUGCUGAGAGUAUCACAGAGGAGAUCUUACUUUACUUUGAAAAGCUUUACACAAGCCCUACAGGAGAGUCUUGGGGUGUUGAAGGAUUAGAUUGGUCCCCUAUUUCGGAAGAGAGCGCGUUAAGGUUGGACUCCCCUUUCACCGAAGAAGAGAUUUAUAAGGCCAUUUUUCAGAUGGAUAGGGACAAGGCUCCGGGGCCUGAUGGCUUUACUAUUGCAGUAUUCCAAGAUUGUUGAGAUGUGAUUAAGGAGGAUUUGGUGAGAGUGUUCGCAGAAUUUCAUAGGAGCGGAAUUAUCAAUCAAAGCACUAAUGCCUCUUUCAUUGUUCUAUUACCCAAAAAGAGUUUGACAAAGAAAAUAUCAGACUUUAGACCCAUUAGUUUGAUCACUAGUCUCUACAAGAUAAUAUCCAAAGUGCUCUCAGGGCGUCUAAGAGGGGUUCUACAUGAGACCAUCCACUAUACUCAAGGCACUUUUGUUCAAGGGAGACAAAUAUUGGAUGCGGUUCUUAUAGAAAAUGAGAUAGUGGACGAGAGAAGACAGUCAGGGGAGGAAGGCGUCGUAUUCAAAAUAGACUUUGAAAAGGCCUACGAUCACGUGAAGUGGGAUUUUUUGGAUCAUGUGUUAGAGAAGAAGAGGUUCAGUCCUAGAUGGAGGAAAUGGAUGAGUGGAUGUUUAUCCUCGGUAUCUUAUGCAGUCUUGGUGAAUGGUAGCGCUAAAGGGUGGGUUAAGGCAUCGAGAGGAUUAAGACAAGGCGACCUGUUAUCCCUUUUUUUGUUUACUUUAGUCGCAGAUGUACUGAGUAGGAUGCUUAUGAGAGCUGAGGAAAGAAAUAUGUUGGAGGGUUUCAGGGUGGGUAGAAAUAAAACUAGGGUGUCCCAUUUGCGAUUUGCUGAUGAUACCAUCUUCUUUUCUAACACAAGGGAGGAAGAGCUGCAGACUCUCAAGAGUCUUUUGUUAGUGUUUGGGCACAUUUCUGGGCUCAAGGUCAACCUUGACAAGAGUAGUAUUUAUGGCAUCAAUAUUGAUCAGGCUCAUCUUUCAAGAUUGGCUGAGAUGCUUGAUUGCAAGGCUUCCGGAUGGCCUAUACUCUAUCUGGGUCUCCCUUUGGGGGGGAACCCUAAGGCGUGUGGCUUUUGGGAUCCAGUGAUUGAGAGAAUCUCAAGUAGAUUAGAUGGGUGACAAAAGACCUACUUAUCCUUCGGGGGGAGGAUAACUCUUAUCCAAUCUUGCCUUACCCAUUUGCCAUGUUACUUCCUUUCCUUAUUUAAGAUUCCCGCGUCAAUGGCUGCAAAAAUCGAGAGGUUGCAAAUGGAUUUUUUAUGGUCAGGGAUUGGGGAAGGCAAAAGAGAUCAUUUAGUGAAGUGGGAUGUUGUAUGCAAACCGAAGGCAAUAGGGGGUUUGGGUUUUGGGAAUAUUUCUUAGAGGAAUCUCGCUCUUCUAUGGAAAUGGCUGUGGAGAUAUCCCAGAGAAGGUUCAGCUCUUUGGCAUCAGGUCAUUUUAAGCAUUUAUGGUUCACACUCCAAUGGUUGGGAUGCUAACACUUUAGUCAGAUGGUCACAUCGCUGUCCUUGGAAGGCUAUUGCACAAGUCUUUCAGGAGUUUUCCUUGUUUACUCGGUAUGUGGUAGGAAACGGGGAAAGAAUUCGGUUCUGGGAAGAUUUGUGGUGGGGGGACCAACCUUUGGGAACCCAAUAUCCAAGACUAUUUAGAGUAGUCGUGGAUAAAAACAUUCCUAUUUCUUCAGUUCUCGAUCCUACUUGUCCUUUCUCUUGGAAUUUGAAUUUCCGUCGUAACCUGUCAGAUUCUGAGAUAGAGGACUUAGAAGGCCUCAUGCAAUCAUUGGAUGAAUUGCAUUUAUCUCCUUCGGUCCUAGAUGCCAGAUUCUGGCCAUUAUCCUCUUCAGGGCUUUUUUCGGUCAAAUCCUUUUUUCUAGCAUUAUCUCAAUCUUCUGGAUCUCCUCAGGACUUUCCUUUAAAGUUCGUUUGGAAUUCUCAAGUUCCUUUCAAAGUGAAGUCCUUUGUCUGGUUAGUGGCACACAAGAAGGUGAAUACUAAUGACAUGUUACAAGUGAGAAGACCCUACAAAGCCCUUAGUCCUGAUAUUUGUAUUCUGUGCAUGAAGCAUGGGGAAUCAGCAGAUCAUCUUUUUCUUCAUUGUUCCUUGAUGAUUGGGUUGUGGCACGGGUUAUUUCAGUUAGCUAAGAUGGAUUGGGUUUCCCCGAUGAGCAUAUCUGACAUGAUGUCCAUCAAAUUUAAAGGCUUUGGAACUUCUAAAAGGGGGAUAGUUUUGUGGCAAGCUACGAGCAUCGCUCUAAUUCGGGUUGUGUGGUGGGAGAGAAACGCGAGGAUUUUUGUGGAUAAAGCAAGGAAUUCAGAGUUUCUUUGGGAUUCUAUUGUUUUCCUUGCUUCUCUUUGGGCUUUCUGUUCCAAGGCAUUUAAGGGGACUCCCCUUAAUGUGAUUCAACUUGAUUGGAUAGCGGUGUGUACUCCAUAAGGAUUGGUUCUUAUAGGGAGUUCGUUUGUUUUCUGUGUAUUUUCCUGUAAUUUAGUUGUCUUUGGCGGGAGGAUUUCUCAUUCUUCUUCUUGUACUUCUUUUUCUAUCAAUAUAUCUUUGUGUCGUUUCCAAUAAAAAAUAAAAAAUAAAAUGCAUGUUGUGUAUUAUAUUUCUAUACUAACUUUAAUGUUUUAUGAUAGUGCUUGAGAAGUAGUCCAAGUACACAUCCAAACUUUCCUUUGCAAUUGUGAUCUGAUUUCUGUUUUUUUUUUUGGUAUGCCAGUAUUGAAAUCACCUUAGCCUACCUAGGUAUUAAUAAUCAACCAAUUAAUUGUCUCAUUUCCCUCAACUUAGUCAGUAGAGACCUUUGUAGGGUUUAGAGGGAUGCUACCUUUUAGAGGUACCUUCCCAAUAGGUAAUCUAAUCCUCGGAUCUAGACUCGGGUUUUUCAAAGACACGCUUUUUCAAAAACUAUGGAGUCACUUCUUUAGGGUUUUCUUUCUUGUUUUAUUUUCCCUUUUAAAAUAAAAUAAAAUAAGUGGCGACUCCAACUUUUCUGAAACUAAUUUUGCACCAAUAAAAAUGAGUCUCGCCGAUGAGUGGGGAUGCAUGUGAAAAAUGCGGGUCCACAGAAUCUUUUGCAUAUUCCUCAUAUCACUAGAAAUCUAAUCAGUGCUUCUAAGUUUGGUAAAGACAACAACGUGUUUUUUGAGUUUCAUCCAAGUGUUUUCUUUGUAAGGCAUCAAGUAACAAGAUCAAUUUUGUUGCAAGGCAACCUUGAAGGUGGACUUUAUGCUUUCAAUAUCAAGCCUCCUAGAUAUAAGAAGCCUAAAUAAUUCUAUUCAAGAUUUUAUGAAGUAGUUUUAUCCAUGAAGAUUAAAAAUAUCAUUGUGCCUAAAGCUGUAAGCACUAAUGUGCAUACUCUAAGUAACUGCCACAAUAAUUUAGCACCUAUCGUUUUUGCUCUAGUAAGUGAUUCUCAAUCUCCUUCCACAACUAACUUGUGGCAUAGAUGGUUGGGGCAACCCUCCUCCUUACAAGUUGUAAAGAGUGUCCUUGAUAGCUAUAAUAUAUCUUUUUCUAAGAAUAAAGAACAAUUUUUUUGUACAACUUCUCUACUAGGCAAAAGCCACAAGCUUCCUUUCAAAUCAUUAAAUUCUACAUAUACAAAACCAUUGGAACUUGUUCAUGCUGGCGUUUGGGGUCUUGCUCUUUGUCUCUCAUCCACAAACUAUAGAUAUUACAUAAGCUUUGUGGAUAGUUUUAGUCAUUAUACAUGAAUUUAUCUACUAAAGACAAAAUUUGAAGCUCUUUCUAUUUUUAUCAAGGUUGAACUAUAAUUUAGGCACCCGAUUAAAAUGCUUCAAAUAUAUUAUGGGGGAGAGUUUAAAGCUUUUAAUUAAUUUCUUCAAUCUAGUGGUAUUUUCUUUGGAAUUCAUGUCCUCACAUGCAUGAGCAAAAUGGAGUUGUUAAGAGCAAACAUAGGCAUAUAGUGGAAAUGGGACUCACCUUACCAGCCCAAGCAAGUAAACUACUAAAAUUCUAGGAUUUUUCAUUCCUUAUUACAAUAUACCUUAUAAACAGAAUGCCUACUUGGCUCCCACAUCAACAUUCACCUUUUAAGGUUUUAUUUAAACAAAAACCUAAUUAUCACUCUCUGAGAGUUUCUGGUUGUAGGUUUUAUUCCCAUCCUCGACCUUAUAAUACACAUAAACUUGAGUAACAAAGUACUCCAGGUAACUUCUUUGGGUACUUUGAUCAUCAUAAAGGUUUCAAAUGUCUUGCCUCUAAUGGGAGCCUUUAUGUAGUUCAAAAUGUUAUUUUUGAUGAAUUUGUUUUUCCAUAUGCUAUAUGUAGGGAAUUAAACCGAAUUCCAAACCUGUUAGAAACAAAAAUAGAGAAAACACACGCCAAAGAAAAACAAUCACAUGCACAAGACAGUAUUUACGUGGUUCGGCAAUUUGCCUACGUCUACGGAAUUGUAAGGAUAUCACUAUUAUCAGGAAAGAAUACAGAGUACAACCAUAACGGUUACAAUAUUUUCUCUCUAUAUAUAACAUGACAACCACACCACACUAAAAAACCUAAUUACAAAAGGUGGUUCCACAAUGGGCUAAACGGGCCCAACAAACCUCAAUAAAUCUCCCAUUAAAAAGCCAUGCAAUAUUAUUCGGGUCGAGUCGUCAAACCGGAUCAAACAAAACUAGGCUCCACAAAGCCUAACACUAUAUUGGCUCAAACACAAAAUAAAGCUACUCAUAGUCAAAGGACCCUCUAGCUUAUCAUUAUACCAUCAAUUAUUACUCAUCCCCCUAGUCUUUCAUUAGAAAUCCUAACUCGCAACCUUCAGAUUAUAUUGUCAGUAGUCAUGACACAAGCAUGUAACUUGAGUAGAGUUCUAACAAAGCAACAUUAGAAUCUCUCCCAUUAGUUGUUUCAGUUUCUUUACAAUCUCAGAAUGGAACCAAUGUUCACCUAAUGAUUACAAGGUCAAAACAUUGAAUAUACAAGCCUAAAGUCUUUUUCUUUUUACAUGCAAAAGAGAACAUAUAUUACAAGUGGAGGUGGAGCAUAGUAUACAUGAAGUAUAUAAAAAACUCCCAAUAUAGGUGAAAAGGUUUAAAAAAAAACCCUUUUACUUUAAGCUCAACCAAUUUAUAAAAUCUAACAUAGACGUUGUGUGGUCCUCUACAUAUAGGAAUGGCAACGGGACGGGUCGUCCCCAUCCCAACCCCGUCCCGUUUAUUAAAAACAAUUCCCAUCCCCGUCCCAUUUAGCUUUUUUUUUUAAAAAAAAAAAAAAUUAAAAACAAAAAAAGAUAACAUUGCACUGCCAAACAUCCAAAAAUGCAAUCACUGCCAUUUCUCAAAUCCCACAAAACAAUCCUAGAUUGUAAUGCAACUCCAAAGCACCAUGUCUCAAAAACAAUCAAAUACCAAAACACCCAAAAACUCCAACCAUAAAAAACUCACAGAAAAAGGCCUCUGGAUCAAUAAAUUAAAGAAGUCCCUGAGCUUCAAUGUGAUACCCAUGGACAACAUGAUUAACCCAAGUGAUAAGCUAUAAGAAGCUUGGUUUCUCGCCACAAACCAAGCGAAAACAGAUGGCUUCACACAUGCAACAACCCCUCCAGCAGUGACAUAGAGAGGGUACAAGCUUGCUGCAGUGGAAAGCAUGUUUUCCCAUCUGGGUGUUGACCAAGUAAGAGGCUGGUGAUCAAAUUGUUCUUGGACAGAUCUGAUCAGGUGGAGUUUUGAGAGCUUUCGUGAAGGAAAAAUGGUGGGGUUUCUGGGUUUGGGAAGAGGGAUUCUUGGGUGGAAUUUAAGCUCGUUGAAUUAAAAUUAAUUUUAUAUGUAAACGGGGCGGGGCGGGAUGGGGCAAUACCCGAACCCGCCCCGAGUUAAAAAAAAAAUCCCAUACCCGUCCCAAACCUGUUUAUUAAAUUUAAACCCCGUCCCAUUAGGAACCGGGUGGGGCGGGUACCCGAAAAAACUUGCCUCGUUGCCAUCCCUAUCUACAUACACCCUAGCUUAAAUCACAAAUGAAUACAUAAAAUUGGAUUUGAUUGCUUAGUAAGAUUGCUCAACAUCGUCUAAACCUUUUCUAUUCCUUUCUUUCCAAAGAGUCCACAACAAGCACAAGGGUAACCCAAUAAGCUCCUUCUAAUGAAGAAUGCAUCACACACUCCACUCCAAAAAGAGAAUAAAUCAAGUAUCACACCAUUCUCACUUUGGAAUAAUAUAGAAGCAAGUGGUCUAUUGUCUUCUUCUCACCUUUGCAUAAAUAACUAUUCAGGAGAGUCCAAUGCCUUUUUUUGAGCUGAUCAAGAGUUAGAAUUCUACCCCAAGAUGCUUCCCAGGCAAAGAAAUUGACUUUCACUAUUGCCACUCUUGGUUUCAUUCCAACUCAAUUUGCUUCCAAUUCCCUUUUAGUUGCCAACAAUUUUAAUUUUGGAAAGGAAAAUCCACUUCAUCAAGCUCUCAAUCAUUAAAUUGCCUUUUAAAAAAAUGGGAGCUCCAACCACCCCUUUCACUAACUUGCUUCCUUGCUUUGCCACCCAUCCAUCUUUGUUAGAAGAAAAGGAACAUAAGUUUGAGAAGGCUUCUUCCAAUGUUUGAUCCUUGUAUCGCAAGUUCUUCUAGUAUUUAACCCUUCUCCCAUUCCCAACUAAAAAGUGAGACCUGCUCUUUAUACCCUUCCAUUUCGUUUUUAUGGCUCUCCACACACCUCCACUCCACUCCAUAUCGAUUUCUCACCCUUCUCAAACACCAUCCCCCUUUCUCCUCUCCAACUUCCCUAUUAUGAUUUGUUUUCAUAAGAAUUCUUUUCCUAUGGUAAAUCUCUAAUUCCACUUACCAAGCAAUGCCUUGUUUAGGACAGAAAGGUUGCAAAUCUUGAGGACCCUAUCCUUUUUUCCCAGGAGAACUAAGUUCCAAUUAACCAAAUAAUGUAUUUUCUCUUGAGCGCCACCUCCCCAUAAAAAGUCUUUUUAGAUCAUUUCGAGUCUUGAAAUGAUCUUUCUUGGGAUGACGAACAAGGACAUGAAAUAAAUUAGAAGACUUGAUAAGUGGCCAAUAGGAGUAUGCUACAUGUUAGUUUUUACUUUGACUACAAAAACUCCAAUUUUAGGUUUCUUUAAAAAAAAAGAACGAAGGGAAUUCUUA